CAGGCAUUGUCGUUCUUUUAUUUCCUUUCCUUCCUUCCUCCGUUCCGAUUCAAAUAAGAGAGAGAGAGAGAGGUAAGUUUCGAGCAGAGAAUAACAAUAAUAAAAUUAGCAGAAGCUCAGCUCCGCCACCGGAGAAAUCAUUCUCAGUUCCAAAUAAAUAAAAAUAAAAUAAAAAAUCUAAAACCGUAUCUUUCUUUCUUUCUUUUCUUUGUAUGUAGACAUGUUGUGCAACAGUUGAGAGCAGUUGCAUGCCCCCCCCCCCCCCCACAUAACUUCCUUUGGCAUUAAUCACACUCCUGGGAUCUCACGAAACCAAAACCCAGCUUAAAAGAAGAAGAAGAUCUACUUGUUCAACUCUAAACGACACCUUCUCAUGUCGUUUUAGUUAAAGCCUGAGCUCGAGAUCUGCGUUUCCUUCUUGGCUUCUGAGCUUCUGGCGGUGGUGGGUUUUCUAAAGGAAAAAUCAAAGUUGGAGUCUUUUUAUUUAUAUAUAUAUAAUUUUUAUUGGGAGUUAACGGUGGGAUUAGUGGAUAGUUUACAAAGUAAUGAAGGAGUGGAAGAUUAGGAGAAGCGGCUUUGAGGUCGGCGAGACAAAGAUUGCGAGCUUAUUUGGCUGAUGUGUGUUCUGUAAGGAAGAAGUAGAAGUAGAAGUAGAAGUAGAAAUCUGCUCUCUUUUUUUUAAUUAGGGUUUUUGGAUUUGUGAAAAGAUUUGGUGGGUGGGGGAGAGGUGGGGAGGGUAAAACAAUUUUUAAAAAAAAGUUAGAGCUUUUCUGGUGUUUCCUAGUCAUAAUUGCAUUUGGGCAUCUUGGAUCUUUGAAGAAACAAAGUUGGAAAGAAAGAUGAGAUUGUCUACUGCUGGGUUUAAUCCUCAACCUCAUGAAGUUACAGGGGAGAAGAGAGUUCUAAAUUCUGAGCUGUGGCAUGCUUGUGCUGGUCCUCUUGUCUCCUUACCUCCUGUUGGAUCCAGAGUUGUGUAUUUCCCUCAAGGUCACAGUGAACAGGUGGCUGCUUCUACCAACAAAGAAGUGGAUGCUCAUAUACCAAACUACCCCAGCUUGCAUCCUCAGCUUAUCUGUCAGCUUCACAAUGUCACAAUGCAUGCUGAUGUGGAGACUGAUGAAGUCUACGCACAAAUGACUUUGCAACCCUUGAACGCUCAAGAACAAAAAGAUCCAUACCUUCCAGCGGAGUUAGGUGUCCCGAGUAGACAGCCUACAAACUAUUUCUGCAAAACUCUGACUGCUAGUGAUACCAGCACUCACGGUGGUUUCUCUGUUCCUCGACGAGCUGCUGAGAAAGUCUUCCCUCCCUUGGAUUACUCUCAGCAGCCUCCAGCUCAAGAGUUGAUGGCGAGAGAUCUGCACGAUAACGAGUGGAAGUUCAGGCAUAUUUUCAGAGGCCAACCUAAAAGACACCUCCUUACUACUGGUUGGAGCGUUUUUGUGAGUGCUAAAAGGCUUGUCGCUGGUGAUUCUGUUCUUUUCAUCUGGAACGAUAAGAACCAGUUACUUCUUGGUAUAAGACGAGCCAAUCGUCCACAGACUGUCAUGCCUUCGUCUGUUUUGUCAAGUGACAGUAUGCAUCUAGGCCUUCUUGCUGCUGCUGCUCAUGCUGCCGCUACUAAUAGUCGCUUCACCAUCUUCUACAACCCAAGGGCAAGUCCUUCAGAGUUUGUGAUACCCUUGGCUAAGUACGUGAAAGCGGUUUAUCACACUCGCGUCUCUGUUGGCAUGCGGUUUAGGAUGCUGUUUGAAACCGAGGAAUCAAGUGUUCGUCGGUAUGUGAAUUUUAUCAGACUUCCUAUUCUUUUAAUCUGUAUUCAUCAGUCUCCUUUUCAAGAACAUCCGUUUGUUGUCAGGUACAUGGGUACAAUAACUGGCAUUUGUGAUCUAGAUCCUACUCGUUGGGCUAAUUCUCACUGGCGGUCCGUUAAGGUUGGAUGGGAUGAGUCAACUGCAGGAGAGAGGCAACCGAGAGUUUCCUUGUGGGAGAUUGAGCCUCUGACGACAUUCCCGAUGUAUCCGUCUCCUUUUCCUCUCAGGCUUAAACGUCCAUGGCCUCCAGGUCUCCCAUCUUUUCAUGGACUUAAAGAAGACGAUAUGAGUAUGGGUAUGGGUAUGAGUUCGCCGCUUAUGUGGGACAGAGGACUUCAGUCUCUAAACUUUCAAGGAAUGGGUGUAAACCCGUGGAUGCAGCCUAGACUUGAUGCUUCUGGCUUGCUUGGUAUGCAGAAUGAUGUUUACCAAGCAAUGGCUGCAGCUGCUCUUCAAGACAUGAGAGGCAUUGAUCCCGCUAAAGCUGCUGCUUCAAUUCUUCAGUUCCAAAACCCCUCGGGCUUCUCAAUGCAGCCCCCUUCCUUAAUGCAGCCACAGAUGCUACAGCAACAGCUCUCUCAGCAGCAGCAACAACUCUCUCAACAGCAGCAGCAACAGUCUUAUCUGCCCGUUCCUGAAACCCACCAGCCUCAAUCUCAGUCAAACAAUCUUCUCUCUCAGCAGCAGCAAGUGGUGGAUAAUCAUAAUCAGUCAGCCUCCAGUGCUGCUGCUGUUUCUGCUAUGUCUCAGUUUGGUUCUGCUUCUCAGUCCAUGACUUCUCUGUGUCAACAACAAAGCUUCUUAGACACCAACGGAGGAAACAACAAUCCUAUGUCUCCGCUCCACACUCUUCUCAGUAACUUCUCUCAAGACGAGUCUUCGCAACUGCUCAAUCUCACUAGAACAACAAACUCUGCUGCAAUGACUUCUUCCGGUUGGCCAUCAAAGCGUCCUGCAGUUGAUUUAUCAUCGUUCGGCAACAACAGCAACACUCAAUCCGUAAUUGAGCAACUGGGACAGUCCCACAACACAAGCAACGUUCCUCCAAACGCUGUCUCGUUGCCUCCAUUCCCCGGUGGUGGUAGAGAGUGCUCAAUAGAGCAAGAAGGAGGAAGCCCCUCAGAUCCACAUAGCCAUCUUCUGUUUGGAGUCAACAUAGAUUCAUCUUCCCUCUUGAUGCCAAAUGGAAUGUCAAACCUUAGAAGCAUUGGCAUUGAAGGAGGCGACUCCACCACUCUUCCUUUCACAACAUCUAACUUCAACAACGACUUCUCCGGUGGUAAUCUUGCAAUGACCACACCUUCUAGUUGUAUAGACGAACCAGGGUUUCUACAGUCCUCUGAAAACCUCGGUUCUGAGAACCAACAAUCCAAUAAUACCUUUGUGAAGGUGUACAAGUCAGGGUCUUUUGGACGAUCAUUAGAUAUAACGAAGUUUAGCAGCUACCACGAGCUGCGAAGCGAGCUUGCUCGCAUGUUUGGCCUUGAAGGCCAGUUAGAAGACCCUGUGAGAUCAGGCUGGCAGCUUGUAUUUGUCGACCGAGAGAACGAUGUUCUUCUCCUCGGCGAUGACCCUUGGCCGGAGUUUGUGAGCAGCGUGUGGUGCAUAAAGAUACUGUCACCACAAGAAGUGCAGCAGAUGGGGAAAAGAGGCCUUGAGCUUCUCAACUCAGCUCCUCCAUCCUCAAACAACAACGUCGUCGAGAAGCUCCCGAGCAACAACGGGAACUGCGAUGACUUUGGGAGCCGGUCAGACCCGAGGAACCGCGGUAACGGUAUUGCAUCCGUUGGGGGUUCGUUCAACUACUAGAGAAGAAAAACCCCUUUUCUUGGUAAUCAAGUUAUUAUGUUUUAUCAAAAAUAGUAUUUCAUCUUCUUAGUUUUAAUUACUAGUAAGCUAAACUGUCUUUAUUACUUACAAAAGGGAGCUUUGCGUUGGCCUUUGUGGAGACAAAAAAAAAAAACUAAAACUAUGUAAUAGCUCUUAUCUUUUAUGUCGUAAUACUGUAAUUAUAAGAUCUUUUUUGGUCUUUUUCUUAUAUGAAUAUUUUUUUUAUGUCA